AGCCACACACUGCAAGACACAGCAUGUUUCAGUUCAAUUGAUAGUGAUGGUUAGACUGGCAAAAAUGAGAAAAUCCACAUCAGUUUCGAGCUUGGAGUGUCUGAUCUACUGCAGGAACCCCGACACGACCACGGGACACAAAGAGAUGAAACAAACAAACUGGAGAUCAAGAAUGCUUUUCAAGACUUUUCCCGUGAGAGAAUCACGUCACACAUUGAGGAAAUCAUACGGGCCCACUACUGAAGAAGUGACUCGAUGGGCACAGUCUCUGGACAACCUGCUGAGCAGCAAAUGUGGAUUAACGGCUCUGCGGCAGUUCAUGAAGUCUGAGCACUGCGAGGAGUACAUCGAGUUCUGGAUGGUCUGUGAAGAGUUCAGAAAGAUCAGGUCCAAUUCCAAACUCAAAUCCAGGGCAAAAACCAUAUACGAGGAUUUCAUCAGGGAAGAUUCCUCCAAAGAGAUCAACCUGGACUUCCACACAAAGGAGUCCCUCCACCAAAGCCUUCUGAUCCCAACGCAGUCCAGUUUCACAGCCGCCCAAAACAGAGUUUACUUCCUGAUGGAGCACAACUCGUACCCUCGGUUCCUGGACUCUGAACUCUAUCGCCGGCUCUGCACAAUCGCUGCAGGGGAGCAGUAAAUGUGUUUAAACAAACGGCAGGUCCGUUUCCGCAUCUACUGUCCCGUGUAGGGAGUGUGUUAUAUGAAGAUUUCAGUGUAUUUAAUAUUUAAUAGAAGAUUUGUAAAUAGUCAGGCAUUGGUAUUGAGUUUUCACGUAAUGUUGUAUCUAUGUUCUGAAGUUUUCUUGUAGGACUUUUUUUUAUUUUUGCAUUUCAUUUCCGAUUGCUUUCUGGAUUUUGGGUGCACUGUUAAGAAACAAAAACAAAGAAUAAGCAAAAAGUGUAUAAAUGUUUACAAACCGACAUUUGGAGGUUUUUUUAUUAAUUAACUAACUUAU